UCUCACUACUCGAGCUAGUACUACUCACCACACCCAAGUAUUCAAGCAGUACUCAUGGCGCCCAAGCAGCUCCCCGCCGUCCUCCUCGCCGCCUGCGCCACCCUCCUGGCCCUCGCUGCGCCAUUGCUCGCCGGCGACCCCGACAUGCUCCAGGACUUUUGCGUCGCCGACUACAAAUCACUCGACGGCCCACUUCGGCUGAACGGGUUCCCGUGCAAGAGAACGGAGAGCACGAUGGCGAACGACUUCUUCUCCGACGUGCUGUCCGUCCCUGGCAACACCGGCGGCAACCCCUCCGGCUCCGCGACGACGGCGGCGAACGUAGAAAAGGUCCCGGGGCUCAACACGCUGGGCGUGUCCAUGUCUCGCGUCGACUACGCACCCUGGGGCACGAACCCGCCGCACACCCACCCGCGAGCCAGCGAGAUCCUCUUCGUCGUUGAUGGCUCCCUCGACGUCGGCUUCGUCACCAGCUCCGGCAAGUUUUUCGGCCGCACCGUCUGCAAGGGGGAAAUGUUCGUCUUCCCGCGUGGCCUCGUCCACUUUCAGAGGAACAACAAUGGCUCGCCGGCCGCGGCCAUAUUGGCCUUCAACAGCCAGCUUCCGGGCACGCAGAAGUUGGCUGAUGCAUUGUUCACUGCCUCGCCGCUGGUUCCCGCCGACGUGCUGGCCAGGGCGCUCGAUGUCGACGACUGCAUGGUCGAGCCGUGCGUGAUUUAACCAUUUAAUAAUGCCCACGCGCAGCACUUGAAUUCGCUUGACACCUUCUGUAUUUCGAUGUUUUUGUUUUUGCGGGCUUGUAUUUCGAUAUUUACUGUUGCCUUUUCUUCAUGGUGUGCUGGUGAUAUUAUGUAUGCAUGGUUUUGGUCUACAGAUAUGUA